UAUUGUGAUGAUAUGUCACUGACCACUGUGGAGCUCAAAUAAAUUUUACACAGCAACAUAUUUAUCGGGAAAAGAUGAACAUAUUUUUAUACUUAAUUCUACUAGUAUAGAGCUAAUCUACUUCAUAUUAAAAGUAAUUGUACAGACAUCGAUAGAAAAAACAUGUUUUUGAAAAGUCAACUUCGAGCACUUUUGUGCAGAGGACGUAGAAAAAAAAUAACAAGUUUAGUCAUAGUUUUGAUAUUUUUGAUAAAUGCUAUGUUCUAUGUAAGUUUAGAGUUAUACAAUAUUAUAAAGAAAAGGAAUAAAGAGCCAUGGUACAAGAGUUUACACUAUGAUCAAGACUCCUAUGUAGACAAGACUGGUAUGAGAGUUAUUGUAGGACAUUAUGUAGGAGGAAACUCUGGAGGUAGUUUAUCUGAAGAUGUGAUCAAUACAAACCAUUAUGCACCAGUAGAAGGGGCUGGUGAAGGUGGAAGGCCAGUCCAAUUAUCCCAAAGAGAGAUCAUACCAGCACGUGAUCUUUAUUCUCUGCAUUCAUACAAUAUAGUUGUCAGUGAUAGAAUAUCAAUUAACAGAAGUCUUCCUGAUAUGCGCAGUGAGAGCUGUAGGAGUAUUCUAUAUAACUUGGGUGAUCUGCCAACAGCGAGUGUAAUUAUAGUCUUCCAUAAUGAAGCCUGGUCUACUCUGAUGAGAACUGUGAUGUCAGUUUUGAUUAGAACUCCAGUAGUAUUACUAAAACAGAUUAUUCUAGUGGACGACGCAAGUGAAAGAAAGUAUUUAGGUCAAGAAUUAGAAGAUGCUGUAGCUAGAUUAAACAAAGUAAAGCUAUUAAGAAGUGUAAAUCGAACCGGUUUGGUGGGUGCAAGGCUUAUGGGCGCUCGGGUGGCUACAGGAAAUGUUUUGGUAUUUCUCGACGCACAUUGUGAGGUCACGCAAGGAUGGAUCGAGCCACUGUUAGACAGAGCGGGAAGUGAUGACGUGUUUAUCUGUCCACACAUUGACCUCCUCUCGGACGACACAUUAGCAUACACAAAAAGCAUUGACGCGCACUGGGGCGCGUUCAGUUGGCGAUUACAUUUCCGUUGGCUAAUGCCGAGCAAUGAGGUAAUGAUAAACAAAUCUAAAAACCCUUCAAAACCGUACCCAACACCGGCGAUGGCUGGAGGUCUAUUCGCCGUAAGAAAGAGCCUAUUUUGGCGUUUAGGUGGAUACGAUGAAGGUAUGAUUAUAUGGGGUGCUGAGAAUCUCGAACUUUCUUGGCGCGCAUGGCAAUGCGGUGCGCGAAUAGAAAUAUCACCAUGCUCCAGAGUAGGUCACAUUUUCAGGAGGCACAGUCCAUACAAAUAUCCAGGAGGGGUCGCCAAAGUGCUCAAUUCGAAUUUAGCUCGAGCAGCAACAGUUUGGAUGGACGAAUGGGCUGAUUUCUUCUUCAAGUUCAAUCCUUCUAUAGCUGCGAUCCGCGAUACCCAGAGUGUGGCAGACAGAGUAGAGUUGCGCAAGAGUUUAAACUGUAAAAGCUUUAAAUGGUAUUUGGAUAACGUGUGGCCGCAAAACUUCUUCCCGAACAGCGAGCGCUGGUUUGGAAGAAUACGUAACGACAAAGGAAGUUGUAUAGGAGUGGUUGCUGGAACGCCUGGACUCGGUGGUCCUGCAUCAGGGAUAAAUUGCGGCAGUGACCUAGAUCUUGACAGGUUAUUAGUUUAUACGCUCGAAGGAAAAGUUAUGGCCGACGAAGGUUUGUGCUUAGAGCAGGGAAACGGCAGGGCGGUGUGGAAAACUUGCAGUAAUAGCAAAAAACAAAUAUGGCAGCAAAAGGGUCCAAGGUUAAAAACAGUGGAUGGUCUUUGCCUGACCUUGGUAGCUAGUGACAGUAAAGAUGGUGGUGAUCCGUUAACGGCUAAACGAUGCUUGAACGAGAGCAGGCAAAUUUGGCAUUUUGAGAGAGUGCCUUGGCGUUGAUAUGUGAUAUUAUGAAUAUUCGUACAAAUUUUAGGAACAAUAUAAUUUAGUUUAACAUACAAGUUACAAUUUGAAUACAAUCAAAGUGAUAUUUCAGUAUAUGAUCUGAUUAUUUAUAAUAUAAGUUUUUUUACUGGUUGUUAGCAUGUACUCAAUCUUUUGCUUGCUGAAUAGUUUAUGUGUAGAGUCUAUAUAAUAUAUAUCCUCAUAGUCAUCAUUGACAUCCCAUUAGCGGCCUAUUACUGGUGAAUUACACUAUAUUUAGGUGACGCACCCCUGCUUGCGGCGCUUGUGUUUGGCUGGCUCGGCUAUAUUUGCCGACAGGUACUCUCAACGAGAAAGCGGUGAUAGCCUAAUGGUUAGGAUUUUGGCCUCCCUUUCGGAGAGACCGAGCUAAAUCCCUGGCACUCACCUAUGAAUUAUCGAAGUUAUGUGCGUUUUAAUCAAGGUUUCAAGGGGAGUUUUAAGGGUAUAACGUACAAGACUCACCCCUACUCCUGCAACUUGCUGAUGUCAGUUUGUUGUUUGUUUGUUAAACCAUUAAAAUGAUUAGGAUGAUCGAGGUUAGUUCAAAGUUUACAAUCUAGCAGAUUAUCAUCAUCAGCCGCCUAUUAACGUUCCACUGCUGAGCACCUCCUCUCUCAUUGAAGGGAUAGGUUUAGAGCGUAGACCCACCACGCUGCUCCAAUGCGGGUAUGUUGGCUUUACGACAAUUACCACAAGCAAGUGAUAAUCUCUUCGGGACACCGCCGAUUUCCUAACACGGGCUGGUACUGAUAAUGUUUAAAAGAAAAACACCAUACCAUAAAAUUUUGGCCCCACCUGGGAUUCGAACCCAGCACCUCGUGAAACGUAUUUGAACAUGCUAACCACUAGACAAACGAGGCAGUUCAUACAAUAUUAUUCACAUACUAAAUUAAUAUAUACAACUAAUAAAUACCUUUUUGAUAUAAUAUGGAUACAUCCAGGUUAACUGAUCUGCUUGAUCAACCCACGGAUAACCGCUUGGAUCACAAGCGUUAAUAUUGCUCAUUAUAUUGAAUUAAAGAGAAAGUUAAGAGUAGAGCAAGUCGCGAUGUUCCUAGUAUCGUUUUAUUUGCCAAUUUUGGUAUACAGCCGAACCAUUAUUAUGGAUAAAUUUACAAGCAAGGUUUUACCUUACCCAAAUAUAACUGGCUAAAUAAAAUGUGUGUGAUUCACACACGCGGGGUUCAGUACCAAGGUUCAUUUUGAAUAUUACUACUUGGUAUUAACAUUAUUAGGAUCGGCCAAGAACAUAAAAAAACUAUAUUUCUAGUACGGUGAUGUACUUCAAUUUAAAACUUGCAAUAGAAACGCACAUGCUGUGGCACUAUGCCGGUUUAUGAGAUACAGCUCGCUGACGGACGGGCGGACAGACGGAUAGAUAGAUUGCGGAGUCUGGCCUAGUAAAACGGAUCUGUUGGCACCCUCGGGUAGGGAAUCCUAAAAAUGUAUGUCGGUUCCUGAAUUUAUAUAUACACAUUUGUACGUAUGUAUUUAAUUUACUAAUACAGUAUUGUAAAUCGAACACUAACUGUGAUUAUAUUUUUUUACUAAAAAAUAGAUAAUAAAAUGUUGUCAACUAAUUUAAUGACCUAGUUAUAAUCUGUUAGGAUUCCUAUUUUUUUUAUGAUUUUUUUUUGUUUAUUGGUUGUCAAAUUAUUACAAAUAGGCAAUAGGCGUGUUAUUAUACUUAACUACUUUUUGUAAGAUUAAAUUUUUUUUUGUAAAUUAACCUUUUCUUUAUUAUUUAUGAAAUCAGUGAAUUAUCUCACAGUGAGAAAUUUUGUGUUAUAAUUCGGUCGUUUAAUAAAUGUGUUCCGGGCAGGUCGAUAUUAAAUGGACGAUGUAACAUUUACUAAGCGACGUUGCUUGGAGAUAAAAAUAUUUUUAAUGUUAAUUUUCCAUCCUAAUGCAUGAUUAUAAAACUAAUAUUGCGCUAAAUGAAAUGUUAUAUAAAUGAGAAACCAGUUAUCCUUAUGAAUCCGUUACCGACCGCCUUAGUCCAACACGCCAAGUGCGGAUUGUUAGACUUCACAUGCCUCACCAUAGUGAACAAGUCUCUGGCUUGCAAGUCCCACACUAUGUUUUCCUUCAUCACUAUCGCAAGUAAUAUUUCCAGAAUCGCGUGUAAAAAACAAUAUUUUGUAAAACUUCAUACUGGACUACCUGCGUGGAUGCAGGCCGCUCCCCUCACAUGACCCAUAAGCUAGAACAAUUCUAAAGAUUGUAAACUGUAAAAUGAUGCUGAAAAAGAGCAAUUUGCUGAGUUUCUUGCCGGCUCUUCUCGGUAGGCUCGGCGAUCCGAACCGGUGGAAGAGACUCUACAAAUAGACUGACUUGACAUUUUAAAAGUGCAUAAACUAGGCCUACUCGAAUAAAUUAAGUUUGAUGUUUUAUAUGACCAACUGACAUGGGUCAGGAACACAUUCAUUCAACGGCUGAUUUAUAAUAUGUGCUUUACAUAAUUAUUAUUUAUAUAAAAUCUAGAAUAGUAAGUAAACAUUAUUAUUAAUUGUAUAUUAACGACAAAUAACUCCCGAAAAGACUAAAGCAUUUAUUAAUAUUUGAGACACACGUACUUGUAUAAUCGCUAGUCUGUAUAUGGUGUUAAUGUGUUGAACUUGUUAAAACUAGGCAUAUUUUUGUCAAAAAUGUAUUUGUAGUAGGUAAAUUUUUGCACAUUAGUGUACAUUUUUAAAAGAAAAAGUUUUUUUUGAUCUGCAACAUAAAACACAAGAAAUACAAAAAUAAAAAAGGUAGAACUGAAAAAUUAAAAAACUUGGUAACAACUAAACCUACUUCUAAAUCAACUGCUUCCAUAUGCCGCAGAAACAAAAUUACAUGACAUGACGCAGCAUAGUGCUGCAAAUUUUUAAAUAAAAACCUGAGCGCUGUUAUUCUGGCGAAACCGAAAAUCGCCUUUUUGAGAUGCGUUUACCAAAAUGCCAGUUCGGAUUACAAGUUGAUCUGAGUAAUUUUGUCAUUUAAAAAAAAUAUAAGUAUCAAUUAGUAUGAUAUUCAAGAUUGUCCCAAAAACAUACCACAUGUUUUACGGAUUUUACCAGGCUAAGCUUGUUGCGAGCUCGCCGUGAGACAAUAAGGUCUACCACUUUCUCUUCCUAUUUCUUUUAGACAUAACGAGAAAAUUGGUAGACUAUACCAUGGCACGCAAGUUAGCCCUACAAGUCCCGUACCUGUAGAUUCCUGGUAGAGUUAUGUUAGCUAAUGUAAUUAUGACGUAAACAUAAUAUGUAUGAGAAUUUCAAUUUUACGUCUCCUUAAACUGUUAAUGAUGGUAUCAAUUCUGUUAACGCAAAUCUCAAAACUUACCUAAAGUAGUGCUUUCCUUAUUUACGGCUAACAUUGUGACAAGGAGAGCACUAUUCUUACUCAUAGGAAUGUUAAAUUAGUUAGUUAAGAUAUUUAUGUGCAAUAAAAUCGGAACCAUUAUCUUCUUAUAGCUCUAAAGCAUAUAAAACGAAAUAACACUGUCUUACUAUGUGACUAAUGCCCGUUUUCUUUAACGACGAACAAGGCAAUUUCUAAAUAAGUAACGCCUAAUCUAAGGAGAUUCCUAGGGAUGCAUCAACCGUUCACUAAUAGUUAUCACUUAAGGGUUGGUGAAACGUUUUUUAUAGACAUCGCCUAAAUCAGUAGGCACCGGGCAUAAGCAUAUAAUUUUUUAACUAAGCGUACAGGGUGUCCAUAAUAUAAUAUUUUAGGUUGAUAUUUUCUACCUGCGUUUACUUAUUCAUGCUUCCUAGUAUUGUAACUAGAUGGCACUUUUUCGAUUUAAUAAAUAUAUUAAUAUAGGUAACUUUCACGCGGUCGAAUAAGUAAACGGAGGUUGAAAUUCUCACACUAGGUACUCCAUUAAGGAGCGUGCAGUUACUCAAUACCAAUAAAACGCAGGCAAUAGCUAGUAUUAAAUAUUUACAAGGUUGUGUUAACAUCACAGGGAAAAAUGUAUUUAAUUUUAUACCACGGUGCUUAACGAAUGUUUUUAUUAACACAGUAUAUUCACUUUUGUAGUUCAUAUUUUUAUUAAAGUUAACACGAGUUUUUGUA